CGUUGACAGAACACUGCUUGGCCGCGCUCCGCCAUGGGUCGGGAUAUUGCAUAAAAAGCCAUAAGGUCAGAAAUCAGAAAGAAGGGGGGUUUUUUGAUGUAAUUGUGGAUGACGAAAUUAUAGAGAUAAGAACAUCGGAAUGCAAUCGCGCAUCACACGAAAAACGUUUGCGAUAUUAGUUAUUACAGUCACUGUGUGACAUACAGAGGUGUGGAUUGCUCACACCUUUUCCCCCCUCUGUCUUAUAAACCAAAUUUGAAGUUUGUGAGUACACUAUCUUAUUUUUGAAUGAAAUAUUUAUCUAUUUUGAGCGCAUUUCACACUCAUUUACAGUUACUAUAAUUAUGGAAAAGGUCCAUAAAGAUACGCUUAUCGGUGUGAUAGAUGCCGGUACAAGAACUGUGAAGUUUUGUGUUUUUCGACCGGGACACACUAAAGAAAUAGCAGAGCAUACUGUGGAUAUAGUUACUCACACACCUCAGGAAGGUUGGUCAGAGCAAGAUCCAAAGGAAAUAUUGUCAGCAGUGAGGAAAUGUAUUGAUAAUGUCGUUCAACAGCUUGGUCUUGAAGCGAUAAACAUUAUAACACUGGGCAUUACAAACCAAAGAGAAACAACGAUACUAUGGGAUAAAACAACAGGAGAACCUCUAUAUAACGCAAUUGUAUGGAAUGACAUUAGGACCGACUCCACAGUAGAUAUAAUACUAGCCAAGGUCCCAGAUAACAAUACAAACUAUUUCAAGAAUAUUUGCGGUCUACCCAUAUCACCAUACUUCAGUGCUUUUAAAAUCAAGUGGCUUAUGCACUUUGCACCUCAGGUUAAGAAAGCUAUCAAAGCUGAAACGUGCCUUUUCGGGACUGUAGAUACAUGGAUAUUGUGGAACCUAACAGGCGGUGCGAAGGGCGGGAAACACUACACAGAUGUCACAAAUGCUUCGCGAACAUUCCUGAUGAACAUCGAGCUCCUCACUUGGGAUCCGCUACUGUUGCACACUUUCAAAAUACCUGCUAAUAUCCUACCGGAAAUUAAAAGUAGCUCGGAGAUAUAUGGAAGGGUAGCACGAGGAUUCCCUUUGGAGAACGUUCGUAUUUCAAGUAUUCUAGGUAACCAGCAGGCGUCUCUGGUGGGACAAAGGUGUCUAAAAGAAGGGCAAGCUAAGAAUACGUAUAGAAGCGGUUGUUUCUUGUUGUACAACACGGGAAUUUCUAAAGUCCAGUCAACUCACGGCUUAGUAACGACAGUGGCCUACAAAUUCGGGAGCAAACCUGCCGUCUAUGCCUUAGAAGGUAGCGUGGCCGUCGCUGGGGCAGCCAUGAAGUGGCUCAGGGACAACAUGGGCUUCAUGGGGGACAUUCAGAAAGAGACUGAAUCGUUGGCGCAAGAGGUGUUCAAUACUGGAGAUGUGUACUUUGUACCAGCGUUCAAAGGAUUGUAUGCCCCAUAUUGGAGGAAAGAUGCUAGAGGGAUCAUAUGUGGCCUAACAGCUUUUUCGACGAAACAGCACAUAAUAAGGGCUGCAUUAGAAGCUGUAUGUUUCCAGACGAGGGACAUUCUUGAAGCUAUGAACAAAGAUUGUGGUAUUCCUUUGACCAAGUUACACGUAGAUGGAAAAAUGACAGUCAACAGCCUCCUUAUGCAACUUCAGGCAGAUAUAAGUGGUAUGCCUGUUGUCAGGGCACAGUCACAAGAUAUCACAGCUUUAGGUACAGCAAUGGCUGCAGGUGCAGCUGAAGGUAUUAAAGCUUGGGAGAUAUAUUCUGAGGAAAGGGAACUUGUGCCUAGUGACACGUUUCUACCCACCUCCACUGAAAGUGGUCAUCUCGCAUAGUUUUCGAGAAAAAAAUGUUUCUUGGAGCUGGUUUCUGAAAAAUGUUCUUGCUGCAACAAGUGUUAAUAUCUAAACGAGAUGCUAGGUACACAAAGUGGAAAAUGGCAGUACAAAGAUCCUUAGGUUGGGCUUUAGCGAAAAAAUCAUCUGUCAUGACAGAGGAGAGGUACAAGUUGCUGGCCAGUAUACCAUGUGGAUUAUACGUAAUAGGAAGUUUUGGACUUAUAGCAUUAUCAGAAUACUUAUCUCCAACUAGCUAAUAUUUACCAAUAUUUGGUAUGGUUUCCUACAAAAAGUGAUAUUAUUUGCCAUAUUUAUUCAUGGGCAUUAUUUGUAGACAAAAUGUACAGUUUUAAGUUUGAAACUCUCUAACUGUAACUUUUUAACCUUUACCAAAUGUACUUAUUUUUUGUUAUGUUGAG